AUGAAGAUUAUGGGUCAGCCACCCCCUGGGGCUAAGAUCAUAGCCGGCGCCCCACCGCCGGGGUUUAAGAUGGUGCACAGCAUCCCGGCAGGCGCAGCGUCACCUCUGCUGAACAGUACGCCAAAGUCGGUGUCACGCGAUAACAUCUCUCCGAACUCAAUGGGAAUACCGACGAAGGUCCCAAUUAAGAUGUUACCGCCGGGAGCGAAGCUGAUAAGUGGACUGCCACCACCAGGGUCGCGACCAAUAUCGCCUGAGGGAGCGCAACAGGGCGCCACAAACCCUUCUCUGACUCCGUCGCGGUCAGUGUCGCCCACAAAUCCGCCUGUCUUUCGCAUUUUACCAAAUGGUGUAAAGGUGCUUGUAAGUCCGCCCCGCAGUGGAGCCUCUGUCAGUGCUGUUAGGACUCUACCCGGCCACCCGAGUGCGUCGCCGCCAAAGAUGCUGAUCAAGUCGAUGGGCGACUCGUCGAGCUCAGGAGGGGCAGCGGUGGCGCCGACGCUGCGCACCACGGUGCCCCUGAUCCCUCCGCAGAACGAGAGUUUUGCUGUUGGGCCACAGGCAUCCCCACCGCUGCACCCAGGGCUACCAAAGCCCGACCCAUUGCGGCCCGGUGGGACUAUAGUGAAGGUUGGCGAGACGCCUGCCAGGGCACAAUCUGAGCAACACCAGGAGACAUCAGCUGCCGCGGUACAUCGGGGCGAUGGGCAAGUUGGGAUGCAGCGAUCGCAAGUCGAUGAGAUCAGUUUCCAUGACGAGAACGGCACAGGUGGCUCCCGUGACGAUGAGAUCCAGUUUGAGGAGAUGGCACCGUCGAUUCCACCACAAAUACCGCGCGCUAGUGCUGCGGCAGAGGUGAUCCCUGGCACCUCAUCUUCGUCAUCCUCCUCGUUCGACCUCCGCGAAGACCCUGACGAAGUCACAGCACUCCCUCCGCUGAAGGUUACAGAGGGCAGCGCCACACCCACAGCGGCGGCAUCUCCGUUCUCCUCGUUGUCUGCCGGGGAGGCUGCUGCUUCUGAGGAGUUGGAGCAGCGGUUGCACAAGCACGGCUUAAAGGAGAGCAGCAAAGGAUCACGAAAGAAUAAGCGGAGAAGCCACCGUGCGCCGCCGCAGGACACGGUGGAUGACGGCAAGCCGUCGCACAAGGAAAGACGCGAGCAUCGACAUCGGCACCACCGGUCUCGAUCUAGCGAGACGGGCCACGCCUCGAGGCGCUCAGCAUCGCUACAGUCAUACAGCAGGCCUGGUGCUUCGAUGAGUACCUCGCCUCCAGUGGUGGACGGCACGCUACGCCGUUCGCCAUCGCAGCGAGCGGUAGCAAGUGGUAACAGUGACCACGUCGAUACUCCAGAGAAGGUAGUCAUGGAUCAGCUGAGAAAAGAUGCCUUUACCCCGCAGGCCCUCACGUCCAUCUCUCGUGAUCGAAUAGCGGAGAACUUCUUGUCCAUUCUUUGCCCUCAGCAGUAUUACGGUAAGGUGCAGAGGAUCAGCCGUAUCCGAGCGUUCAAGGCAGACCGCGCUGCAGCCAUCGGACUGCGCAACAGCAACUCCAUCUAUGUCGCAACAAAAGGCGUGAUGCCGAACCCCUACUUCUAUCCGCAGCUGCGGCUGCGCAACACUGACGGUGAGAGGCUCAGGAGCCUCUCUGAUGCCGAUAACGUCGUCGAGGGUGCCGUAAGUACGCCAAUUAUCCUCUACGAAGCCGCCCCCGGCAACAUGGUGUUCGCUGACACCGAGCUCGACGCACGGCACCUGCUCGAAAGCAACGGGAAUGUCAACAGCUGCUUCAUGGUCAGUAACUCUGCCAUUCUCUUUAGAAACCCCGAGCACUAUGUGGUGCCCAUCGCGGCGCUGAACGUGCACUGGGUGCCGUACACCUCACCGCAGUCGGAGCCGCAGUGUCCUAUUCAUAAGCGCGAGUUGCAGCUCUUCGAUCGGUGCUCAAAGGAGCUUGUCUGUGUCCUCUGCGCGUCGCGCAAUGGCAUUUCCGUCGAAAACUUUGUGGUGAUCCCCGACGUCCUUGGCAACGUCGAUUCGCGGCGCACCAUUGAACAGAAGAUGUCGAUUCAGCUAGAGGAGGUACAGCAGUCGUCAAAGCGGUGGGUCGUGCAGCACCAGCGGGUGCGGGAGCUGUGUGAGAGCAAAAAGCAAGCCAUCCAUCACCAGUUUGACCUCCUUAUCGAGGCGCUGGAGGCAAAAAGAAAGGAGUAUACGGAGUCGUGCGAGGCAGAGUUUGCCUACGCGCUGACGGACGUCGCCCGCGAAAUCCUCAUCACGGAUGAGAAGGUGGAGUUGCUGCGCGCCGCCACAGAACACGUCCGCACUGACCCGUCGAAGCCGCUCUUUUCAAUGCAAAUCGCAACCAUCGCUGAGGGCUUGAGCGCAGCCUCAGAUUUGCCUUCGCGCUUUACGCGUGCCUCGCUGAAGUUGCCCCCGAUGAGCGCCGGUCUUGUGCCGAACUUAGAGGGGGUCAUGUCGCAAGUGCUGGCGCUCAGUCCGCAGCUGGCCUCUUCAGGAGGCGCAGGCGGGGAAUCCCGUAUGGAGAGUCGCCUUCUGACACACUCAACGCCUCACAAUGGCCGGCGGCUGAUGGAGGAUGCAGUGAACAUCGGGAACAAAGACCGCUGGCAUUCAAGCUGGACAGGUGCCACUUCUCCUCCGGCCUCCGCCAAGUCGUUGCGUCGCAGUAGUCGCUUUGCUUCCUCUACCACUUCACCCAGACCUGUCCUUUCUGGUCCUGUAGCGCGCCGAGAGUAUACGAGCGGCGCAUCCGCUUCUCUCCACACGCGAUCUGCUGCGAGGGCUACAUCACCGACACGGUUUGCCACGGACUCUGUGUCGGUGCCGAACAGUACCGGCACUUCUCUGUUUGACUUUGCUCUUCACGACUUGCUAAGCAGCUUUGGCACACCACACGCAAAACGGCGGCCACCGCGCUACGUGCAGUGGGCCAUCCGAGUCGAGAAUCCUGGUGAUUGGGUUGGCCUCGGCGUCGGUGUCGGCAGCACGAUUGACGCGUGGGAACAGGGCAGCACGAACGACCUCUCCCAUUUGUGGAUUGUACCAGUUGCUAUGAUGGGGCAGGUGGUGUACUUGCGCGUUGCCGUGAACGCUAGCAGCGGACACGCGAAGCUGACAGUGCACGACGCACGCGGAAGGCAGUUAGACGCCGGUGAGGUACCUCAUUGGAACGCAGCGCGGCCAUCCUACCCUCAGGCCACGUUCGGCGGGCACAUUGGAACAGUUCGCAUGAUAGAGAUCCCUCACCUUGUGCACUGA